AUGAAUCACUGUGAAUCUUCUGACGCUCCAUUUGAUGAGAGGCGGAAACCGAAACCUCAAAAUGCCUCUCCAAAAGCAACAAGUUCCUUGGAGGAAUCCUCACAAACGACUGAAACAACCGCAACAGCGACUAUUUCUACGCUUGCUUCUUAUUCGGAAUCCAAAGUGACGCAGCGAAAACGACAACAAAAUGCCAGAAAUGUUUUAGUUAGUAAAAUUCCAAGAUCUGACGGCAAACUUGCAAGACUUCAAAAAGAAUGGAAAACCAUGAGUCCCAAGCGCUUGUUUUCAAAGGAGUCGUCCAAUACUGCGGCCAAGGCCAGAAACAAUGGAGACGAGCAAGACAAAGGAGAUGCUGCUUUUUCUCCCAAUAACACGAAAUCAAACGCUAGUGUUUCACUACCGCAAGAGCAACUGAAUGAUCUGAGAAUUACGCAUUCCGAAAGUACUGAAUUGAGCGCUGAAACCGAACACCUGCGAUAUCUGAGGGAGAAGGUGGAGCGUCAAGUGCAGUCCAUGUCACAACUCUUGUUGGAAUCUGCAUCUAGUAGAUCUAAACGGCGUCGAGGAUCAUCGACAGAUGUUGCACAACAGCAGUUUCAGGCGUUGUCCAAUCAAGUGCUGACCGACUUUUUGGACGAUCCCAAGGCUGCACGGAUACCGAGCAACAAACAUAGACACAGGGAGAAGGCUCUCAUACUAUCACCACAAUCAAGUGAGAACAUGAGGCUUGAGAUUAAAGAAGCACGGCGUGAAAUUGAAGAACUUCAGCGACAAUUGACGGACCAUGAAAUGUCAUUUGCUCUGGCACAAGGAGAUUCAGACCCACAGGUGGUACUCUUACAUCAACAGCGGUCCAAGCUUCAGAGAAGAACCCGAGAACUAUUACAAGACACAGCAGAAUUACGGCAAGAACGCAAUUCUUAUCAGAAUGAGUGCUUGGAACAAUCACGAAGAAUACAUUCGCUGGAAGAUUCCUUGCGGCAACUGGAAGAUGAAAAGAAAGAUUCGGAAAAGAGUCUGUAUCGAUACAUUUCGGCGCUACAAGACAAAUCCACACAACUCUUAGAAGAAUUACAAGAAUCAAGAAGAAUGCUACAGCACGAAUCUCAAUCUCGCAUCGAGGCAAGUAGUGAAGCAAAGCAUCGCAUUGCCGUUCUGGAAAAAGAAAAGACAAGGUUGCAACGGACCGUUUCGCGUAGUGCGGAAGCAACACAUUUGAGUCGUUUCGAACAGCCGACGGAUAAUCAGAGACUAAUAUCAGAUCAGCCUGUGAUUAGCAAUAUUGAAGCCAUCGCAGGACAUGAUCGGAUCGAAAAGGUGAAAUCCGAAGUUGAGCUCCGCCGUGCCAAGAUUCAUGCAAUGCGGCAAAAGCGCACCCACGAAGUCAAGACUGCACCACCAAACAUACUCAAUAGCACUUCGAUGUUUCAUAACCGUGCCACGUCCUCAAGUUCACCUGUGAGUAUGACAGUAUACUCAACUCCACGUUCUCAGGAGAAAAGUGCCAAAUCUCCGAUGUCCUUGACUGCAGAUCGUAUGGAUGAUCCACCAGGAAUGCAGCUGUUCUUGCAAAGGAUUGACGCGGCAAUGGAGGAAGGUACUUCCUCAUUUGCAAAUCAGAAUGUUUCCUUGCACUUGCAGCAAGAGCUUAUGGAUUUGAAGCACGAUAAUGCGGGUUUGAAGCUGCGGAUCGAGGAGACAGAGGAAAAUACUUCGGUACUUGAAUCUAAGCUUCAAGAGGCUGCCAAUCGAAAAGAGAAACUUGCAAACGAACUGACAGAGCAUCGCGCAUCCGCUGCGAAACAAGGGGAUGAGCUGAAGGAGCGCAAGCAGCAACUGGAACGACUCAGUGCACAACUGUCAGAGUGCCAGAAAGAGUGCUAUGAACUAAAGGAGCGUGCAAAAAAGGUGCAAGGGUUGGAGCUUGGUCAAUCCGCCUUGAAAGGAGUGAUUGAGUCUCACAAGUCACAGAAGCGAGCAAUGGCAUCCCAAAUCGAUGAUCUCGAAAUGGCCGUUGUUGAUUUGGAAAUGGCAAACGGAUCACUGCAGGACACUGUUUUUGUUCUAGAGGGAGAUCUGAAGCAGCAGGAAGGAUUGAUUGCAAAAUUGUCAGGCGAUCUCCAAGCUUCUUCCAGCCGCGAGACUUCCACUCGAAAGGAACUCGAGGCUGCAAUAGGAGCGAAGGAUGUCUUGCAGGGAAAGAUUGCAGGCAAGUCUAUUGAAUUGGAAGGCUUGCAACAGGACAAGGCUUCUUUGGAAGUGACUGUCAGACAGCUUGAGUUUAAACAACUGGAAAUGACAAAGAAACUCGAAACUAGUGAAGAAGUCUUGAGCAAGACCAAAGAAGAAACCGGCAAGCUGACUGAAGAUCUUGACGCUAUGCGACAAGAGGUGAAGAAACUUCGCACCGAAAAAGGAGCUCAAGUGAUGGCUCUUUCACACGCCGAUCAUGUUCAAAACGAGCUCGCAAGUCGAUUGGCUACUUCUGAACUUGCGCUAAAGGAGCAAGUCGAGACUUCUAUGUUUCACGACGAAGAAGUAACCCGCUUAAUUGAAAAGUGUUUUGGCAUCAAAAGUGAAACUAGCAGCCUAACUGCAGAUGACGGGGGGCAAGACAUAGUUGCCGAAUCCAUGGAACGGCAGUCUCCCGAGUCAAUUCUGGAGUUGGAAUUUGCCGAGACUUCCGAUCGAAGACGCGUCUUGGAGCGCCAGCUACGAGAUCUAAACUCCCAGUUUCAGUCACUUCGACUGGGGGGAGAAGCCAGUGGAAGUCAAUCGGAUGGACUUGGCAAAAAUUUCCAGUUGCUGAGUCUGGAAAGUGCCAUUGAAAAACUUCGGAUGGACUGUGAUACACUUGAAUCCAAGAAUACCCACCUUCAACAGAAAAAUGACUCAAUGGUGCAGCUAGUAUCCGAUUCGGAACAGCUACGAAAGCAAAUGGAGAAGGUCAUUUCCGAACAUGAAAUAGAGCUGGAAACCCUGCGACAAACUAGUGCUACAAAUGAAGCAAAAACGAUCGCCUUGCAAACUGAACGAACGCAACUGGCUGGCGAGAACGAAAUGUAUGCUUCCAUCCAAGCGGAACUGGAGACUCGUUUGUCGGAUGCCACAAGACUUAUUGACUCGUCCCUCCCAAGAAUCAAGGAGUUGGAGGCAAAGGUGGAGGGGCUGAACAAGGAUGUUACUGGCCGUGACAUUGUACUGAAUGAGAUGGGCAAGGAGAGAGUCGGACUGACGGAAAAGGUGAAAGUUCUCAAUAACGCCGUUGAAUUCUGGGUCCAGAAGUGUUCGGAUCUCGAAUCGGCACCAGAAGUAGCAAAGGAGGAAGAAAAGUCCGGAAACUCGGAUGGUCUAAUCGUUAGAGUGAAGGAACAGCUACUGCGACUAUCAGAUGUCAAGGCAGAGGUUAUGCAACAGCUCUUCCGCACGGCUGGCAGUGUGGAUUAUGAAUUGUCGACACCGGCUGCCGAGACGUCUGACGAAAUUCUGGCCGACAUUGAGGAUCUGCACUAUGUGUUGGAUACCACGAGACAGUUCAUUGUGGCCUCUCGAGAGGCUACCAUGAAUUUGGACCGAACGAUUGAGUCGUUGCGAGAUGAAAAGUCAUUGCUCGUGACGAGGAAUACUGCCUUGGAACGAAUUAUUGAAGAGCAACGUUCGCAAAGCAACCAAUUCGAGCAACUUCUUUCGACCAUGAGGGUGAUCCCGUGUAACGGCAGCGUGGGGUCCUUUUCUGUGGCUGUGCAAUCCAGAGCCGUUCAAACGGAGCCCACUGAAGAGGGUCAGAGCAUCGGAAUUCAAACUGCAGAGCACGAUGGCAAAGAUGCCAACAUCAUUUCGGACCGAGAUCGAGUCAGGAAUGAACACGAGCGUCUUCGUAGCCAGCUUGACCGCCAGGACGAUGACGUGGACCGCUCCUUGUCCCCGAUAUCCGAAAUCAACACGAACGACGAUAACAUGUCAAAUCUAUCCUGGACGGAACUCUCCGAAGUAGACAGCAAGAAUGACAGCUUGAAGCAAUUUCCUGCAUGUGACGACAUAUCCGAUCUAUCACAAGGUUCCUCUCUGGAACCAAUCAAUUCUUUCCUUUGGAAGGAACAUGCGGAGGAAGAAGAGGCUUCCUAUUCCAUUGCGGCACAGCCUCCCUCUGCACAGUUAGAGACCAUCGCAUCUGCCGAGUCCUUUCAACAAUUGAGGACCCCUCGAGUCUCCAAUUCAACCCAUCCAGAGAGGAUUGGCCGUCAACAAGAGCCUCCUGAAUACUGCAUUACCCUUGGCGCCUUGAGUCCAGCAGCUCGUGAGGAACCAUCUCCUAUUGAUCGAUAUGCGAUUGAGGAAAGUUCCGAAUUUGGGAAAGAUAGAACCAAGUUUGCUUUUGUUUAG